AUGUGGGGCGCCCUGAAGGGCGCGGUGGAUGGAGGCCUCCACGUGCCCCACAAGGCCAAGAACUUCCCCGGCUUCAAGGCGGCGGACGAGAAGGGCGGGGAGUCCGAGUACGACGCGGAGGCGCACAAGGAGAAGAUCUUCGGCGGCCACGUGAAGGAGUACAUGGAGAUGCUGCAGGAGGAGGACCCCACCAAGUACGAGGCCCACUUCGCCAAGUACUUGGCCGCCGGCAUCGAGCCUGACAAGGUGGAGGACAUGUACACAGAGGCCCACGAGAAGAUCCGCGAGGACCCCACCGGUGAGCCUGCAGAGAAGAAGGAUAUCACCUACGAGAAGGACGGAGAUACGAUGAAGGCCUCGGACGGCACGGAACACGCGCGGAGCCAGAAGAUCACCCUGGAGAAGCGCCGGGAGAAGGUGGCGGCCAAGAUCGCGGCGGCGCAGGCCAAGAUGAUGGAGGACUGA